GCUUCGUCGUGCGGCUAUGUCAACGAUUUGGUUUGUAAUCGAAAAUUAAGAUACUACACGAUUGGCUAUUCUGUUUCCUUUUUAUUGUGACAAUUGCUCCAUUGAUUGCACUUAGUUAUACAUCAAACCAAGUUGAAUAGCGUGAGCUUGGUUUUACGUGGUAAGGUUUAGUCGGAGUGGGGGACGGGGGAGAGUGGCUAGUCGGGGGCGGCCGAUGAGUUCGGAGCAUUGCCCGUCGUCGCCGCAGCAGAAGGAGAGGGUCAAGACAGCAUUGGACAAACGUGAAAAAGGGGAGAUAACAUCGAAAACCGACAAGGAUCAAGGCGGCAUGGUCACCACAAAGGGAGCAGGGCUAAACCCCAACGCCAAAGUCUGGCAGGAGAUCCCUGUGCCCCAGAGCCAAGUCCCAGAGGAAGGCACGGAGGGCACCCACUGGCUAGAGACUACCCCCACUUCUGCUGAUGUCUCUGAGGGUUAUUCAGAGGCUCCCCCUACUGAGGAUAAGGGGUACGGCACGGAGUACUCAGACCCCUCGGACAGUAGUGCCAGUUUACCCACAGAGGGUGUACUGAACGGCAUGGAUCCCCCUGAGCUGGGGUACCCCCUCUAUGACUCUGUGACUGAGUCAGCAGUGGAGGAACAGCAGCCUCUCUCUGAAGAGAGCCUGAGAGAGUCUCUUAAGAAACAGCUAGAGUUCUGCUUCUCAAGAGAGAAUCUGUCCAAGGAUCUGUACCUGAUGUCCCAGAUGGAUAGUGAUCACUUUGUCCCCAUCUGGACCAUCGCCAGCAUGGAGGGCAUCAAGGUCCUCACUACCGACAUGGACCUCAUCCUGGAGGUACUACGAGCCUCGCCCGUGGUGCAAGUUGACGAGAUGGGGGAAAAGGUUCGGCCCAAUCACAAGCGCUGCAUCAUCAUUCUGAGGGAGGUGCCAGAGACCACACCUGUAGAGGAAGUGGAGGCCCUCUUUAAGAAUGAAAACUGUCCCAAGGUGAUUAGUGUUGAAUUUGCGGCCAACAACAACUGGUACAUCACAUUCAAGUCGGACACCGAUGCACAGCAGGCCCACAGAUAUCUAAGGGAAGAAGUGAAAACGUUUCAGGGAAAACCCAUCAUGGCUCGUAUCAAGGCCAUCAACACAUUCUUUGCGAAGAAUGGCUACCGUAGUGUACCGAACUCCAGUGUGUACAGCCAGCAGGGCCAGUCCCAGUACAACUCAACACACCUCUACAUGCAGCAGGUGUUCAGCCCCCAGCAGCAGUACCCACUCUACCCCCUGGUGCCCCCCACCUGGAACCCAUCGCCUGCCCCUUACUUCCAGACCCCGCUGGCCCCGUUCCCCAACAGUGGCUUUGUGAACGGCUUCAGCACCCCUGGGAACUACAAGACUGGCACCAGUCCCUUGGGCCUCGGACGACCGCCCUUCAACAGAAACCGGAACCACGCGAAGAGCCAGCCCCGGCCAUGUGACGAGACCCCUUCUCCCUCUGUUACCCCCGUAUCCCCCCUGGUGGAUGGCCUGUCGGGCCCCUCCAGCGCUCUUCCUCCCCGGACGGCAGGGGCUCCCCUGGGCAGUACCCCCGAGCAUGGCCCUGUGCCCCCCACCCUCAGGGACACCCUGCCACUGGCUGCGGAGGGGAUGCCCAAUGGAGACCUGGGCAUUGCUGGCAGGGGCAGGAGAGGCAGCUACAGAGGGAUGCGGAGGAAGAGAGAGGACGAGAGGAUCACGAGGCCCAUCCCUCUGAGCGAGAUAAAGGUUCCACAGCCCAAGUUUGACCUAGCGACCUCCAACUUCCCUCCAUUGCCGGGGUGUGUGGUCAGCACGCAGGGAGAGCCCGUGCUAGAGACUCGCAUGUCUGAUGUGGUUCGAGGCCUCAAGAUGACCAGCGACAAGCCUGAUGUGAAUAAGGAGUCUGUGGCCCCUCCUGCUAGUGCCCAAAAAGAGACUGUGAGUGCUCCCAGUCAGCUCGUGCCGGCCCACAAACCCCCCACCCCUCUUGUCGUGGAGCCCCCUGUUCCAAGUGCUGCUCAUCCGGUGAAGAAAGUGGAGAAGCCUGAGCCUCAUGUCCAAAAGGAGAUGGCUCCACCCCCCACACCACCCUCUUCUCUGCCAACCCCCUCACAGCCCGGCACUGCUACCAAACCCACCCCUACGCCCACCCACAGUCAGUCUAUCUCCACGGCAACACCAGUCCCCGCCACUACCACACCUGCACCGGAGUCAAGGAAACUGAGCUAUGCUGAGAUGUGCAAGCGGCCAGCCACCCAACCCCCAGCGCCAAGCACCUCCCCAAACCCUCCCACCUCCUCGGCCAGCCAACCCCUGCGGGAACUGCGGGUCAACAAGGCCGACGAGCCCGCCGCCUCCUCCAGCAGCGAUGGGGAUAGGCCUGAGAAACCCGAGCGGCCUGGAGAAGGCCAGCCCCACCUUGAUCCCCUUGGCUCAUACUGUGGGGUCAUUGGCCCUGCCCGAUCCGGAGGGAUGGGCCCAAAGUACCGGGAUCAGCAGAGAGGUGCAUCCAUGAGCCGCCGCAUCUCCCCCCAGGGCUGGGCCAGACGGAGCGGGAAGGAACAGAACAUUCCCCCCCGGUCACCAAAGUAGUUUAAACAACAACCAACAGACUAACAGGAAAACAAACACAAAUCUAUAUACGUGUGUAUAUAUGUAAAGAGAUAAAUAUAUAUAUAUAUAUAUUAUUGGAUGAAAGAACACAGUCGCGUUCUUAAUCUUAAAGACCCCCCUGAAGCUCGGUCAGACAUCCGCUGACCUUUGUUUGGGAAAGACUGCAAGCGGUAAUCGUUUUAAGAGGGGGCCGACACAAGUGUUACAAAUCACAAACUGAAGGACUUGUCUGAAAGAAUAGCGAGAGAUGCUUACAUGCUGCCUCACCUUGGUUAGCUUGAAGGCUGGGCCCUCCACUGCUAAAUCUAUGUUAAUUUGAUUUCUGUGUCAGUGGGGGACGGGGGACAAAUGUACAGUAAUGCCUUGUAUCACCAGAAUACUGGUAGUUGCAAAGGAAAAAAGGAAAAGAAAAGAGCUGUUAGCAAAUCUAGUUAAUAUGCGACACAGCAAAAGAUGUGGACAUCCACCAAUAUGACAUCGUUAUGAGUUGAUACAUAUGAUGCAUUUUGUUGUUGAAGGGGUUGGCAAGUGAUUCUUUUGGCGAAGGGCUAAGGAUAGUUCAUAAAAUGUGUUUUUAUGAAGGUUGGAAGCGAGAGGGCCACAUGGUUUUAGAGAAGUGCCUGUUUUGAACUGUUCUGAGAGAUGGAGGGAGUUGGGAAGCCUGUCAAGCUGCACUUUCUUUUAGGUGAAGAAACAGUCUUGGAUGCCUGUCAGCUAUGAGUCAGGAAUUAUUUUGUGUUCAGAAUCAAUGGGGAAAUAUGAAUUUAUUAGAAUCAAUGAAUUUAUUUUCACGGUUGAUGGAAACUUUUGGUAUACCCUUGCUUGAGUAGGACAUUAAAACCUUUACAAUAAUGGUGCUUGGAUACCGUGCAAAUGUGGGGAAAAGUUUGGAUAGUCGGGCUGUCGGUCACUGAAUUGUUAUAUUUUCCACUCCAUUUCCUAUUACUUUGAAACAUACGGUUAAAUGUUUGAAUGAGUGUUGGUCCCAACUGUUUGCCAAUCCUGUUUAGUUAAAAUAUGCUUUGGUUGGUGAUUGCGCCAACCAUUAGUGCAUAAUCUCUCCAUCCAGGGUCAAGUUCAGUAGGUGCAAAACUGAGUGACACGGCAAGGUACUCUCAGAAGUUUUCCUAUAAGAACUGCUUGCUUUUGUUUUUCAUUGCAAAAUGUUUUUUUUUAAUGGUUUGCUACAGUGUUAUGAACAUGACCCACCAAUCCAUUGUUUAGGGGUUGGGAUUUGAGUGGAUCAGGAAGUGUUGUCAUGGGUAACAGCUCAUGAGAAAGGGUGGAGUCUUCCCUUAGUGAAGGUGUUUGGUAGUUGAGGCAGUCAGCACUCGCAUCGUAGACACCUGACACGUACACCGUUACCAUGAAUUUGACCAUUUUAUACGUAGCCUUUUUAAAGGGGCAAUCUGCAGUUGCUACAUUCAUUAUUGGACCUAUUAUUAAUUUAUGUACGAAUUGAUUCUUCAAGUAUCAAAGCUUUGUUCCACUGUCAUACUCCAUCAGAACCCAAAAUAUAUAAGCCUGUUUUACUCCAAUGUUUGUGAACAACGUAAAUGCAGACUAAGUCUAUAUAGCCUCAAAACAUGGUUAUAACUGUAAUUUUUAUGCUAGAUGGUUAGUCCUUGCAUCCAUAGCUCAGUCUAUGAAUUUGAGCUGUUACAUUUCUCCAACCCCAUCCCUCAGCUUUUUACUGUAACAGGGUAGGGAGAACGCUUUGUUUCAACUGCUGAUUGACAUUUUAAGAAGAGCAGUUUUAAUUAUUUGUGUCUUGCAUAAAAGUUUAACCUGUUGUAUUAAUAUGUACAAUUAAUUGUACCUAUGUGGUCAAAUGCAGGAUACCGGCGUUAACAUAUACCUUCCUAUUUAUGUCUUGAUGGAACAGGUAGUCUUUAUCAUCAAAUAGAAACCCUUCCACCCCAGCUAUCUGGUAUUUCAACAUGCCAUCAUAUCUGUGCAACAUGUUCCAGAGUAGUCUGCCAUGGCAUUUUGGUAGAUCUUGUAUCAUGUAGAAUAUGGUAUUUUAUAGAGUAGUAAUGGGAUCCCAAGCAUGAAACUAGUCUCUGGUACUAUGUAUUCGAGCUUGCUCAUUUUAAAAUGGCAUGAAUUCUGAAGGCAAGUAAACGUUCUCAUUCUCUUAUUUGUUGGCAUCAGGAAUUAAUCUAUAAAGGAGCUUACUGGUUUUGGGCAGCGAUCACUGGAAUUUUACGUUUUUAAUGCAAAUCAAAAAAGAUUUGUCGGUAAAGUUCUUCCCCAGCAAGAGUCCGGUUAGUGUUCUGACUUCUCAAUUUGAGUUGAUAACAUGCGGAGUACCGAACCUGUCCCAGUAUGAGAUUAGGGGUGGCCAGUGGAGACUUCCAGGUGUAGUGUUGGUUGGUGUUUAGUGCUUAUCGUGUACAGAGAGAGGGCUGUUUUCUUGUCCGUGAUAUGCUGUCGAAGUCUGAUCAUGUCCGUUUUGGGGUUAUCCUUUUUCAAUGUUGCCGUUGAUUCAUUGAGCAGAGAUUCUGAAGGGUGAUAAUGAUGAGUCAUGUUAUUUUGGGAUGGGAUUGAGGGCAGAGCAACUGUCGGAUAUUAGGGUUUUGGUGUCAGGCUAAAUCAUAGGAUUUUGAUUUAGGCACUUUUUUUUCUUGUACAUUUCACUUUUGGAUUUUCUUUUUACUGUCUUAGAUUUUUUUUGAUUGAAGAUUUUAAUGCAUAUCUCACGAUUUGUUUUAAAUUCCGUACAUGUCCAUUGUUUGCAAAAUGGAAGUUUGCGUAAUGUUAGGAGAGUUGACUUGACAUGGGGAGCAUCAACCUUCAUAUCUGUUCCUUUUAUAUGCGCUUACAAACUCAUAAUUCAGCCUUUGUGUAUUAAUGGAUUGAACACUAUCCAGACCAUAAAUGUAUAGAGAUCAUUAUGUGGAAAUAACUGUUUUUUGCAUGGACAUUGCCAUUUUAAAGUAGUCAACUGGGUGGGGAUUCCUAUGGAUUGGGAGCAGCCAAUGAUCAGAGCAUUGACCACCAACUAGUGGCCACAAGAAAUUAAUUACUCAAGAUUUGUUUCUAGACUUCAACACUGUAGCUGGUAAGUUGCCAAUUUUAGCUUUACACUUUUUUCCUUUAUCAGAAGAAGAAAAUUGACUACUUUAAAUGGAGAUGGCCUCAUUGGCACAGAUACAACACUGUGAUCGAUCUCUAUGAUCCAGACCAAAGUCAAGCAGGCAAAAAGACAACCUUGGGAACUUGCGCCAACACAACUGUUUCUGGGUGGGAUGUGGAGAACUCGUAUCCCUCCUACUGUUGGAUGGAAAAGCUGUCAGUUAAUUGAUAAUGCUCCCUGUCUCUCUUGAUUGGCCAGUUAUGCUUUAUUAAUGUAGUCCUAUUUGAGGGAAGGCCACUUGUGUAGGUGGUCUGAAUGUUCUUGUACAGAUUUUGCGCCUAGAAGGCUAAUCUUUAGUCGGGUUUUCUUUCGUUUUUUCUAUUAGUAAGCACAUUUAGAUUUGAGUAAAUGUUUUGAAAGAGUUCUGCAGUUUGACUUUAGUUUUUUUAUGUACUCUGAUGUACCUUUUUCUUUCAGUGCAUUUAGUGGGUUUUUUUCUCACAAAAUGUGUGUGUAUUUCCAAAACUAUCUGAUUUGUGACUUGGUUGAAGUGAGAAUUCAGUGCACUGCCUGGGUGCUAGCAGUGCAGUAACAUGUUAUCUAUCUAACCACUGGGCCUAUGUUCUUAUUUUAUAUUUUUACAUCCAUUAAUGGCUAAGCUAAGAGCAGCUAGUGGUGUUGUGGAAUGAAAUGCACUAACUUUUGUUUGAAAAUAAUCUCUUAAUCCUGUAAGGUGUAAAAUCAUUUUUAGAUGUCUACGUUGAAGAAAAGGUGUUUAGCAGGUUUGCUGAAAUUAUUACAGGAAUAGGGUUUUAUUUUUCUUUAACUGUUUUGAUUAGUUUUUGUAGCACUUCCCUGCUGGGACAAAGGCGUUGGAGGGAGUGCAGCUGGGACAUGGUAACGUACGAGUGGGGGGGUGUGAGACACUGAAUUACUUAUUUAAUAGAUGUCUGAACAAAAACUUAAAAGAAUAAUAAAGUACAAAUAUUUCUUAUUUUUGCCUUAGAUGCUGAUUCUGGGUCCUGUGCUUGCAAUGAUUUUGCCGUCUGUAUUUCUAAAUGUUUUGUGUGCGGUGCUCUGUGGUCUUGUCCCGGACAUCUGUGUUAAAAGUGUGUGUGUGUCCACCAGUUAUACUUUGACAGUCUCCUUUCUUCAUGUCCAAAUAAACGUUUCAGGCCAAACCAAAA